AUGUCGGUAGAUGAGUCCCCUACGGCAAAGGCCGUCCUGCAAACGGACAAAAUUGCAGCGGCCGUCGUCGUCGUCGGUCGCACAAGCCCCUCGUCUCCUUCCACUGCACGACAAUGGCCCUCCCUUGCAGCUCACAACGUCUUCCUAUUCCUAGUUGGGUUACGACUGGUCAAUGCUUUGACGACGAGGACGUUCUUCCAGCCAGAUGAAUAUUUCCAGGCCCUAGAGCCCGCAUGGCAGUGGGCGUUUGGACAAGAAGGAGGGGCGUGGAUCACAUGGGAGUGGAAGAACCAUCUGCGAUCGGCGAUACACCCUGCAAUCUUCGGACUCUGGUAUCAACUGGCAGACUCGGUGGCUGAGCGUCUGAUGCUACAAAGCCCAGUCCGUUCAGAAGUCCUCCUUGCUGCGCCAAAGACCUUGCAGGCCCUAUUCGCUGCGACGGCGGAUUUCUACACCUGGAGACUUUCGUCCUACGUCUACGGAGAAGACUCGACAGCCUCUUUAGCGACGCUUGUCUUGACGGUUUUGAGUCCGUGGCAAUGGUUUUGUUCGACCCGGACAUUCUCGAACUCGUUGGAGACGACCUUGACGGUCAUCGCGCUACACAACUGGCCCUGGCAUUGGACACUGCCACAUGGUGGUGACCGCAAUGCAGUUGAUGUCCAUCGCGAUAAGCAGAGAAUCCGCACCCGGGAUGACCUUGCUGCCGAAAAGACAUCGACAGACGAGGUGACUCGACUGAGGAGGGCGCUGCUCUGCGCUGCAGCGGCGACAAUCCUCCGGCCCACGAAUAUUCUGAUCUGGAUGAUCCUCACGUUUCUGACAUUCGUCCAGGACUGGAGUUCGACAGGCCUCAGUUGGAGCGAGUGCAUUGUGUCCGUCCGCGAAACAAUCCUGUGUGGGAGCAUCAUCUUGGCCUCUUCGGCCAUACUCGAUCGCAUUUUCUACAAUGCUUGGGUCUUCCCACCCUUGAACUUCCUCCAGGUCAAUGUUGUCCAAUCGUUGGCAACAUUCUACGGCAAUAACGAUUGGCACUAUUAUGUCUCCCAGGGAUAUCCUCUGCUCCUGACGACGGUGCUACCGUUCACAUUGAUCGGACUAUUUCGAUCUUUGAGCUCCAACGAAGCGUAUUUUGUCCAGAUCCCCCGAGGAGGCCGCAAUGCACUCCACUCUCUUUCUAUUGCAUGCCUCCUUGUCCCAGCGGCCUUCUCGGUCAUCGCACACAAGGAGGUGCGCUUCAUCUAUCCCUUGUUACCAGCUUUGCAUAUCAUAAGCGCCUUACCCUUCGCGUCCUUCUUCCACCAACUGACGACUUCGUCCCCGUCUUCUCACUUGGCAAAGCGACUGGUUUUCCUCCUCAUUCUGUCCCUGAAUCUCACAAUAUCAUACUACAUCACCCAAAUCCACAACUCCGGCAUUGUGGAUCUGACCCAUUAUCUCCGUCACGAGUUCGAGAUGACCUAUCUCACCUUGCCCACUCCCUCGAAUAUGACGGUUGGUAUGUUCAUGCCCUGCCACUCCACGCCCUGGCGGUCACAUAUACAGUACCCUCCGUCCUCGACACAACCGGGAAUCCGGGCUUGGGCGUUAACCUGCGAGCCGCCGCUCCACCUCAAUGCGACUGAGAAAUCGAGCUAUUUGGAUGAAGCAGACCAAUUUUACGCCAAUCCGUCAAUUUGGGUUAAGAAACACAUGUCACGCCAUCCUCCACUCCGCAAGAGCACCGUUCGACCUCCUGGCUCCGUGGCAGGAAUCCUCGCAGCCCCGAAUCGACACGGCAAGAUCGACACCAUCCCUUCUGAUAUUCUUGAAAGUGAGAGGGCGGAGCAAUUCUGGAACACCGGUGGCCGAGGUCGGAAGCCAUGGCCCGACUACCUUGCUUUCUUUGCACAGCUGGAACCCACAUUGCAAGUCAUCCUCAGGGAAAGCGGGUAUGGCGAGUGUAUGCGGCUGUUCAAUUCUCACUGGCACGAUGACUGGCGGAGGCAGGGCGACGUGGUUGUGUGGUGCCUUGAUCCCGCCAGACAGCAGGAAUCGAAGACAGCUCUGGCAAGGGAGGACGUACCGUCUGGAGUCAGGAUGAGAGACGUUGAAGACGCGAUCCACGACCCAUCCGCGUUGGAGGAUACCGCGACGGGCGCCCAGAAGAUUCUCGGCGGCGGCGGUGCCGCGAAGGGCAAGAACAAGAAGGCGAGGGAUGAAAGCCAGGAGCGAGACAAUGGGAAAAGGAAAAAGGAGCCGUUCAGGAGGGUUGUCGAGAAACCGUUCUGGAAAGUCAGAGCGCCGGGAGACUGA